UGAUAAUUGAUUCGGCCGCGGCGUUCCAGAACACUGGGGUUGUUCGUUAUCAAUAUCAGAAAUCUGCUGAUAUUCAUAGCAACAAUUAAUUCACAGUUAUGAUCAGAAGGAGUUAAGAGACUUGUUUAUUCACCGCAAAGUGAUGGCCGUGGUGUCAAACUCUUCUCUCACCCGGCCUCCGUUCGGAACAUUUCGUCUCCACCUACCCGAGGACUCCGUGGCGACGGAUCAAAGACUAAAGCGACAACAAGCGGCCGGCAGAUUUCCCUCUACGUUUACCACUUAUGACAUUCCCUCGUUUCAAGAGAAAGACGAGGCGUUUUUCCGCCGGUUUGCUGAGCAAGGGGAGCGUCGUGUGGACGCUCCAAGACGCAGUGAUACUCCGGUCGUCGAUCCUAUAAGUGGCUUUACUUCGGUAGGUGCUGAUGCGGAAGAUGGUAAUUAUAAACAGAUCGAACCUCUAGUGAACAAAGAUCAUCGGCCACAAUCAGCUGUUCCGUAUGGUAGACCUAUUGUUUCACCCAUUCCUGACUUGAGAAGUCAAAAUGCUCCCUGGGAAACCAAAAAUAAAGGUAAGGUCUCGUAUUAUGACUCUAACUAACGCAAGCGUUGACAACCGUAAACUGUCAGUCAGUGCUUUUUGUUUAAAUUUAGUUGAUUCAAACUAAGUGUUUUCUUUUUUCUCUAACCAGAUGUAUUACGGUUAAAUUUUUUACUGAUUUAAGUUGUUAUCACACUGGGAGAAAAAUGAACUCCAUUUUAUUACCACGUUUGAGUUACGUUACUACGUAUGGUUGUGCGUGACAAUGUUCAGUCACGCUUCCUACCUUCCCAUGGGGCUUUCCGGUGUACGGCCAGAAGCACCUAUGAAACUUUCUCAAGCGUUUCUUGCCUGUUGGUAACAAGCAAAUAUAUGCUUUAUGUGGAGAAUGGAACUGGAAAUCGCUAAUUUUAUUAUCAUUAUUUAGAGCUAGAACAGCUUGUGCAAUCUCCAAGUCAGUUUCCUGGAUCAAGAGAGGCAAAAGACCUUGCAUCACAAAAGGUAGCUUAAAGAUGGUAUUUAUAUACCUCGCUCUGAUGUUGCUGAUCAGGUUUUCUGUGGAGAUGAAGUUGUAAGAGUGCUAAAAUACUUGCGAUUUGUAAGCGGAGGCGUAAUCUAGGUCAGAAGAAUCAGAACAUUCCCAUUAAUUUCUUCUUUCCACUCCACUUAAGAUUCCAAAAUUGCUUACAGUCUAGUGAAAACCAGACUGUUGGAUUUGGAGGCAGAAGUGGAAGGAUAAAUCAGUCACAAUGCUUUUUCCCAUGCUUUGUAACUGGUUUAGUUCCUGUGCUUCUGCUUUCGAUACUGACAACCAAGUAUUCACUAGGUUAGCUCAUAAGUGCAUGAUGGAGUCAUCAGCAGAAUCAGAAUUCUGUUUUUAGUGGAUCAUAAAUGCUCUACUCUUCUGAUUGUUUAACUUUGACUCUGAAAACCAGUCUUAUGGGCGAUAGCUUGACAAGCGUUGCUCAACAAACUUACACGUACAUGAAGUAACUCUUUGAGUAUUUAAAAAAACACAAAACUAAUCGUCAUGAAAGUCUAAUAGUUUUUACUUCAUUCCUGGUUUAGCUAACUUGAACCUAAUAUCCAUGGAGAUUAGUCUCGGGGGGGUACUGCCAUAUAUGGGCUAUAUGGGUAUGUGCCACCGUGAAGGGUAUGGUUUUCAAGCAGUUUACUCUAGGAUAGGGUAUAUAAAUCAGAGCGUUUGGGUCUAGAAUAGGGUAUCAUUUUUCAGGAAACUGAUCAGUUGGUUGAAGAUUUUCUCUAGACUGGGGAAACAGCUACUCUAGGAUAGGGGGAUUUUGGGAAUUUACUCUAGUAUAGGGUAGCAAAAUUCAGCUGAACUAGCUGUGUAAUAGGUCAAGGGUUCCAGGGUCCCAGCGGCACAUCCCCACCCAGAAAUUCCUAAAGUGCCCCGGGAGAUUAGUCUAAAAAAAGUUUCAUUAAAUCAGAAAAUAGGGUACUGAGUAGGCCAAGCUCAUGAGUAGAUCAUAAAGUACUGACUUUUCUCUUCCAUUUUUUAACCAAAUCUCUGAGGGUUUUUUAUAGACAUGUGCUGUAUUACCCCAAAAUUAAUCAUUGCAUACUUAUAAACGUCAAUGUAUAUUGCUUUUCAAUAAAGCAAAAUUCUCAUUUAUGAAAGAAUCCUUCCCCAGCAACCUACUCUACAGUGGCUUCUUACUAAUUUCUUAAUUACCAAUUAUCUCUUAUUCUUUUAAAUUAUUAUUUAUUUAAUAUUUGUUUUUUAAGGUUCCUACUAGUGAACUGUUAAAGAACAAAGAAUGGAGAGAUGCUGUUGCCACCAGAGCAUUUUAUACAUCAGAAACACAAAAGUAUGUAUUUAAUAUAUAUUUGCUUGUUUGUUAAAGUGACAAUUAAUUUUCUUAAAUUUUAGUCCAGAAAAAUUCCAGCAGUUCUCUAAGCCCUGAAAUAAAAAACAAGUGUAGUCGUACAGUUAUUAUUAGAACGUACCCUACAGCUGAUUACAUUUAUACAGGUAGUUGUAUUCUGACCACACGUGUUGUGAAAAUUAGCGGAGCUCCACGCCCAUGCAUAUAGCUAACUCAAGACAAUUUGUUUAUCAUCCAUCCAAUAAAUUUUGGUACUCUUGUGGUCACUGUGUGUGUCCGCCCGUCUGUCCUUACCACAGAAAGCAAUUAUGCAGUCCUUAUAACUGGUGUGGGACCCUGCCAUCUGAUUUUGUACUUUUAUUUUGGGGUCAAUUAACAGCUGUCAAACAAGGGUGUCUCCUGACCAGUAGCACAUGAUCAUAAUGUGGCCUCAGGUGUCUACCCAUUGAGGUUACAUGGUUUUUUAUGUUCUCUGCUGACAAUUAAGUUACUAGUUUUUAACAGAUCACAGGCUCAGCUCUAAGUGGAUUUCUUUACAUUGGUUGCAAGUUUAUUGUUUGAAUUAAAUUAGCCUUGGCUGAUUGUACAUAUUCAAAAUGUCAGAGAUUGAUCAUUCAAGUUACAUGGCUGAGUGCAGAGUGAGCAAGAUCAGAAAAUUAAGCAACAGAUCGGCUAUCAGUGAGAUAAUUUUUUAAUUUUUUAAAAAAAACAAAUAUAGAAGGAGAGCCAAUUAGUGAAAUAGGCAACGAAUUCCAGAUUUUAGGUCCUCGGUAAAGGAUACUGACUGCUUUAUACUUGUUCUACAAAAAUGAGGUCUAUACUGAGAGGUAGUCGAGUUUCGUAUUGAUGGCCUUGAUUACUACUUAAGAACAAGUCUGUAUGACCACUGAUUAAAUGAAAGAGAUUUAUUUGGUAAUAUCUCAUUUGGCUGCAUAAUUUGACAACCAGGAAAUUCGACAUAAUUUUGUUAGUCUUAUUUUUCACCUUUAACUGCAUGGAAUUACACGUAGAUUUGAGAAGAUGCCAAUGUCUUUCUUCAUUUCUUUGUCAACAGGUUAUACAGUGGAGUUGAUUGGAGCUCCAGAAUCCCCCCUUCCCUCCCUCCCCCGCCCACUACAGUCGAGCUGCAGCCAGACAUGGUGUCUUACAGAUUUGCUAACAAGCGAUAUGCACCCAAGGCUGAAACUUGGCAGGUUAGGAUUUUGUAUUUUAUUUACAUUUAAGUCUUCUGUUCAAUCAAAAGAGGUCUUAUCAGUUUUAGUCAUUUGAGUCACAGAUUCAGUGGAACAUCGAUAUAAACAAACCUAAAUAUAUAGCAAAGCCCUUGAUAUAAUUAAUGAAAUUGUUUACCCUAGUAACUGUAAAAUAUUUGGGGAAAAACCUUGAUAUAUCGAAACCUCGUUACCGGUAUAUCCCUUGACCUUUCAUUACAUGUAUAUUGAGGUUCCACAGGCUGUAUUUCUUCUACAACCAGCUUCUUUCCUCAUGGACACCCUGAUAAUUAUAGUUCGUUUACGCAAAAUCCCCGAGAAAAGAUGUUUGACUCUAGAGAUGCUCUCUGUAAUAAAGAGAGUUAACUGUAUGAAUAAAAAAUUAAUGAUGUUUUGCUUACUUUGAUUUUCUAUUUUUGGUUUUCAGCAAAUUGGUAGCAGACCACACAGCUGGGAUUUUGUGCAGUCAAGGAAUGGAUACCAUACUUAUGGACCCACCAAUUUGUAAGUUGUUGAUAAAUGAGCAGAUCAAGUGCAGCAAAAUAGGAUCUCCAGGAUUUAAAAAGUAAUGUAGGAAGAAUGAAUAAGUGCAGCAAACAGGUAGCAGAAAUCAGAUCUUGAAAUUUAUAAAGUUACAGCAGUAGGACUUACAUGUAGUGAGAUAUUAGGAGUGUGGUUGUGUGUCUUCUGUGACUGGUAGAACUAGCAAGCUAGGCCAGAAAGUCCAGUCAUAAGAAGAAUUCUACUAUUAAUCAGGACUAUCCAGCCAGGUCAUGGAGUCUAUUCUUAAAUAGGUGGUGGACACAGCAGUGAUAGGUUUGCAAAAAUCUGAAAAAGAAAUUUCAUUAUUAAACUGACCGGUCUGGCAGGCCAGUUCUGAGUUUUGGGAAGGGCCCAGGUUAGAAAUGGCAAAAAGUUAAAACAAAAAAAUAGUUUAAUACUUAAGUUGAAAAUAACAUGAAUAUAUGCAGUUUAAAUUAUAACUUACUACAUGUAAGUAAGUAUCUAGUGUCUUUAAGCGGCAGUUGUUUGGCCUGCUAAACAGCCUGCAUUUUUGGGUAGGUCAAGAAUGCGCUGGCAGUCAAUCGACAGCACUGGAGUGGGGGUUAGGAUGUUAAAAUCUCAUGCCAAUAGAGUACCGAAGUGUGACGUCAUAAAAAAUGAAAUUUGUGAAAUUAUGGGAUUUGUUAAGCUAUUCUGAAAGAACAACGUCCAAGACGCCUACUCGCCAAAAAUUAGCAAUUUGGGGCAAAUUGCCUCUGAGGUAUUAGCCCAGUUAUGCUCCGAUGACUCCAUACAAAUCCUUCUAAAUCUUACCUGGUUCCUAAUGUUAUGAACCAAGCCAAAUUUAGAAGGAUUUGUAUGGAGUCAUCAGAGCAUAACUGGGCUAAUAUCUCAGAGACAAUUUGCCCCAAAUUGCUAAUUUUUGGCGAGUAGGCGUCUUGGACGUUGUUCUUUCAGAAUAGCUUAACAAAUCCCAUAAUUUCACAAAUUUCAUUUUUAUGACGUCAUCACUUCGGUACUCUAUGCUUAGUGUUGUAAUACCUAGUUUUGAGGAAAGAAAAAGAAUUGUUUUGAAGUCCAGCAGUUUUUUUUUUUUUCACUCAGAUCAGGGCAGGACAAUGAUUACUACCAUCCUUCACAUGUGAUGGGAUGAAGCCUAUUUUACUAUCCUGACAUGAAUUGUUCUUUAUGUUUUCAUAGCUGCAGCCCAAGCAAGAAGACUGGGCAUAUCCCGGGAUACAGGUUUGCUUUGCAUUUAUUUUUUUACCUUGAUCUGGCCAUAAGGAACGACUUUUAAACUACCAUUUUGCCUCAAGUUCGAAUUAUUAUGAAAGUCAGUUAUAAAAUGCGUUUGUUUUUUCUGAAGUUUGUAACUGCAGUUUGUGUGCUAUACAUUUUGCCUAUAUUAUUGACAUUGUGAAAUAUGAUCCAUGGGGUACUCAACAAAGUUUUAUAUAAAGAGGCUCUGCCUUCAGACCCAACCACUUACUUUUGCAUAUACAUUGUACCUUUUUUGGCAGAAAACGUACGCCUUUUGUAUAUCUUCUUUUGACAAAUGGUACCCCUUUCUUAUACCUACAUGUAGUUAAGAGCCUGGCAUCCCUUUUACUGCCGCAAAAACACUCUAUGUUAAAUAUGGAUAAAUCAUAAAAAACAGAACGUUUUUGAAAUGCCUCUUUAGGCUUGUUACAGACGGGAAUGACAUAUUUAACUACCCUUUUAUAUACUUCAACAAGUGAGAUUCCUACCUUUCAUAUAUCUAAGGCCUGGAAAUAGGUACCUGUACCCCGUUUGGGUGGAGCCACCCCUUAUAGGCCAUAGGAAGUAUCUAACCCCCCGGGGAAGUGAUGUGAAAGCUAAAAUUUUGAAACAACCCGUAGAACAUUUACAAUCACAAGUCAGUUGUUCGUACAUGAAGCUAAUUGCUGACAGUUUAAAAAGAGGAAAAUCAUCAAAUACCGUAAAUCCUCUAAUAAGCCCCCUCUUUUCAGGGAAAGGAAGUUAAUAAGCCCCCUCCCUCCCCUGCCCUAAUUAUUCUUCACUGAUAAAGGAUAGACUGUAUUAAUCAAUCAUGACUGUAAAACUAGAAUAGAAUAACUCUUUAUUUUAACACAGUAAAAUUCAUCAGGAGUAUAAAAAAUAAAUAAAUACAUAAACCUAACUACCCUAAACACUAUGCAAAACUAUCUACAACUAACCUAGCUAAGACUUGUUUUUUCAUGAAUGCGGUGUACACAAUUACUUAAAAAAUCAAAAAUUCAGAUGAGCCAAUCGUUUAAAUUGACUUAAAGAUUUAGCCUCUCUCAUAUCACAGGGCAGGCUGUUCCAGGGAACUGAAGCUGUUCUUCAUGAAGUUAGUUCGCGGGAAUGUGACAAUUAGUUUGUUAACAGAGUCCCUUAGGGAGUAGACCGUUCGUUGUCUUCCUGUAAGCGUUACGUUUUCGUUUUUUUCAGUGGACAUUCCCCUGGUUACGGAGAAAGAGAUCAUCCAAGAAAAACCUUUAUUCCUAUCGCUGUAUUACGGGCUUCAAAACCGAGAUAUACAGACACAGCAAAGUAAGUUUUUUUGUUCCCGUUUAUUGGUAAAUAGAGCCUAACUCUGUAAGAUGAUUUAUGGUGCAUUUCUUAUUACAGCUUUUAAUUCGCUGACAUUGGCCUUAACACAUUUAUUUUCGUAUUGUCAGGCGUGGCAAUAUCCCCGGUUACGCUGGUUGUGUGCUGUUUUCAGCUCAUCAUCCAAGUCACAGUAGAGAACCAGAUCCAAAAACUUGUACAACGGCAAGAGUUCACAGGUAUGGGUAUAUACUGAUCGGAAAUCGCUCAGAUUGUCUCGUCAGGAUUUUUAAACUCUGAGAUUAUUUGAGAUAAAGUGGGUAAGCCUCUAGGUACAUCCGAGUUUCUUUUCGGACUUGAAUGAAUAAUCAAUUUGUUUGCCGUUUAACGCCCUUUGAGUAUCAAGCAUGAGACGCAGUGUUCCAUCACCAGAUGAAACACCGAAAAAAGAGUUGAAAACACAACGCGCGGCUAAGAAUUUUUGACGAAAUUCGAGGUUUUUCAUCUGAUGAUGGGCCCAAUUCUAGUUUACGUUAUUUUUUUUUUAAGUAGAAAACGAACAAACUGGCAAAUGAAUAAAAACGGUGAAUGAUAGACCAUUUUACAGUUGUGUGCUCAGUGUCCAGGCCUUUGAGUAGAGGCGAGGCGAGACGACAUUGUUUUGGUUCAUGUGCAUAUCGUGUCAUUCUUACGCUGAAAAGGCCGUGAACAUCAUCAUAUAAAAAAAAUAGAAAGGUUAAAAAAUCUUGUGUCUCCUUCUGCCUCGCUUUCAUUUGAACUGUUUUAUGGCGAACAUUAUUUGAAUCUUGAACGUUUCUUGUCAACAGGGAGCUCAAACUGCCAUCAAAAGUUCAACUGUCGCCAUUCAGACACAAAGGGCCAAUGUCAAAGAUGGUGACAUUAACGCGCCCGUACAAUCCAUUUAACAAAGUUUAGAACUGACUAUUCCUUCCAAGUCACGACAGCGGGUGGCAUGGCUUAUGAUGUGUGUGACGUUUGGUACGUGUGGAAUGAAAGGAUUUCGAUCUACUUGCACACUCUACAGCAACAAACCUUUAUAUGCAGUGAACGUGCUAAGGUUCGGUGCAGCCUAUUUUCCUUUCGUAAACGGUCGUUGCCUGAUUUUUAACGGUCGAUGCCACCAUUGGCAACCAAGUCUUUAGUCAUGAUAGAUGUAAUAUAUUCCCUGGAUGAAGCUACAAUAAAGCAAACGAUACGUUUUUUAAUAGGCUUAGAAAGAACGACGUUGAAGGCUAAAUUGAAUUUACGUUAAAAGUUAUGGAAUGGGCUAGGGUCACCUGUUAUUGAUGUAUCGGUUAAGAAAGACAGUCUGCUGUUUAUGUACUUAAUUUGUUCGGAAUUUUGGUGUGUCGGUGUGGUAGUGUAGUGGUAAGCAGGGCUUCUGAUAGGUCGCGGAAGAAAAAGGCAAAUUUCGCGGGAUUUUUAGGGACAAAUUCGCGGAAAAAUCGCCGAUUUCGCGGAAAUUUUUGGGGACAAACUUCAACAAAAAGCUAUCGGCAAAAAACGGUCGAUUUUGUGGUUAUGUUCAAGGCAAAUUUCGCUAGAAAUCGAUCGGUUUUGCGCUGAUCAGACCAGCGUUUAACGUUUUCUAACAGAGUUCAUCAUUUGCUCUUUCAACAACAAUACGCUCCAGAAAUGAACCAAUGGCAAAGCUUUUAACAUCAUGGCUAGUGCCCAGUUUUUCGCAACAUAAUUUACGCCUGGUAGUGUCGGGACGUUGUUUGCACGUUUCAGUGACGAAGUUCCAAGAUAAAUUUGCAAGUUUACGGCAAGUUAAUAGCCCCUAUGUUUCAACUAUGUUGUACAGGCAUGUAUUUGAUAAGAUUUCUACCGAAUUUGGCGGUCUUUUUCGUGUUUUGUGAAUUUCACGGCUCCGCGACCGCGCGAAAUAUCAGAAGCCCUGGGUAAGGGAGAGAGAUUAUCAUACGAAAGGUCCAGGUUCAAACCUGGGUUGCGGUCUUCGUUCUUUUUAAUAGAAACACUCUCAAUAACAGGUCAAUCUUUUUUCAUUGUAAAAAUGGCAGCGACCAUUACGGAAAGGAAAUUUGCGUCUCAGUGCUUUGAACAAGGACUAACUCAAGGCUAGUACAUGCGCACCUUGUAGGUAGUCCCAUUUUUUGUCUUCUUGGAUUAGGAAGAGAAUUACAGUCUCUGCCUGAAUAAAGUCAAGCCUUUGCAGUCGCCGCAGCCCGAACUCCUUCUCGGUUAGUCAAUCUUGUUUCAUCUCGUCAAACUUUUCUUUUUUUCUUCCGAGGACGAGCAACCGAGUAAAAAUAAACCGUCAGUCAUAACUGAGCCCACUGUACCAAUUGCCCGGCUUUUAGGCUUGGGUUCGAAAAAAUCCUGGCAACAUACCGCACAUGCUCAACAAAGAUGUUACUCGAUUCAUACAGAGUCUUUCCUCGAAUACCCUAAAAUCAAGCAGGCGAAAGAAAGGCUCUCCUGGUAGGAUAGUGCAUGCGGUUCUAAAGUGCUAUCUGAGUAAGCUACGGACAUUGUUGCGCACAAUUUUGCAGCAGUCGAAGCUGCUUUUACUUUUGCAACAUUGCGCGUAAUCAAUUUUGUCCACUGUAGCAUUUGGCCGUGUCAGCGUGGAAAGUUUUCUCGAGUUCGAGUAACAUUUUUUCUAUAAUUUUCCCUUAGGUUAGUAUGCUAUAUUUAUGUACGAGGUCGUUUCUCAACGUUUAAAACGUUGCCCUCAACACGAGUUGUGCUGUAAGUCUUUCGCAGAGACUGACACCUUGUGUCCUAUAGUUUCCUUCAAAGAGGAAAUUUUUUGAUUCACUGUUCGAAAACAACAACAAUGAGAAAGUUAUUGGCUAAAAAUUUUCGCCCUAAUUUGGAACUUUUGUACAUUCACAAUUUUGUUGCCAAGACGCUAGCAAAUGAAUUUCUGGUAUAUUCGCAAUGACCGGUCACCUCAUUAAACAAGUUUUUUCGGCUGUUUUUAAAUUUCCCACAGAAAACAUCUUUUUUUCCAUAUACGUGACCAAGGAUUUUUUUUGGUUUUGCAUGGCGUCAUCGUGAA